AUGUCUAUACCAGAGGGAUUCCAAGAGAUUACGAGCACAAUGCCUCCAUUGGCUCAGGUAAAUCCUUAUGGACCUAAUCCAUCUGAUUAUUUAUCUAAUGUGUCUAAUUUUCAAAUCAUCGAAAGUACAUUAAGAGAAGGUGAACAAUUCGCCAAUGCAUUUUUCAGUACAGAAACAAAGAUUGAGAUUGCUAAGGCUUUAGAUGAUUUUGGAGUAGAUUAUAUUGAAUUAACAUCACCUGUUUCGAGUGAACAGCUGAGAAAAGAUUGUGAAGCCAUUUGUAAAUUAGGUUUAAAAGCUAAGAUUUUGACUCAUAUUCGAUGUCACAUGGAUGAUGCAAGAGUUGCAGUUGAAACUGGAGUUGAUGGAGUUGAUGUUGUUAUUGGAACAAGUCAAUUUUUAAGACAGUAUAGUCAUGGAAAGGAUAUGAAUUAUAUUGCUAAAAGUGCUGUUGAAGUUAUUGAAUAUGUUAAAUCAAAAGGUAUAGAGAUUAGAUUCUCAUCUGAAGAUUCCUUUAGAAGUGACUUAGUUGAUUUAUUAAAUAUUUACAGAAUUGUAGAUAAGAUUGGAGUCAAUAGAGUCGGUAUAGCAGAUACAGUUGGAUGCGCUAAUCCUCGACAAGUAUAUGAACUAGUACGAACAUUAAAAUCAGUGGUUAAAUGUGAUAUUGAAUGUCAUUUCCAUAAUGAUACAGGAUGUGCUAUUGCCAAUGCUUAUACAGCAUUAGAAGGUGGAGCAAAAUUAAUUGAUGUUAGUGUAUUAGGUAUUGGAGAAAGAAAUGGUAUAACUCCAUUAGGAGGUUUAAUGGCAAGAAUGGUUGCUGCAAAUAGAGAAUAUGUUCUUCUGAAGUAUAAAUUACAUAAAUUAAGAGAUUUAGAGAAUUUAGUAGCAGAAAGUGUUCAAGUUAAUAUUCCCUUCAAUAAUCCAAUUACUGGAUUUUGUGCUUUUACACAUAAGGCUGGUAUUCAUGCUAAAGCUAUUCUUGCCAAUCCAUCAACCUAUGAAAUCUUGAUUCCUCUGGAUUUUGGUUUGACAAGAUAUAUUCAUUUUGCUAAUAGAUUAACUGGAUGGAAUGCUAUUAAAUCUCGUGUUGAUCAAUUAAAUUUGAAUUUAAGUGAUGAACAAUGUAAAGAAGUUACCAAUAAGAUUAAGAAGUUAGGAGAUGUAAGACCAUUAAAUAUUGAUGAUGUUGAUUCAAUAAUUAAAGAUUAUCAUGCAGAUGUAUCUACUCCAAUGUUUAAGCCUAAGAGAAAUGGGAUAUUAAAAAUUCCUCAUGAUUUACCACCUUUAGAUGAUGAAUUAGGGAAAAGACCAAGAUAUGGUUAG